AUGAAGUUCUCUACUCUCGCGGGCGCUGCCGCCCUGACUGGCGCUGCCAUGGCUGCCAAGGACAGCCGAACCUUUGCUGUUCUGCGAUUCACCAACAAGGGCUUGGUCACCACUCGUGCUGAUCCCAUUGUCCAGCCCGGCGGUCCCUCUGGACACGUCCACAACGUCCUCGGAGGCAGCAACUUUGGCUUCUCCUCCACCGGCCAGGACCUGCUCAAGUCCAACUGCAGUACCGCUCUGGUCAAGGGUGACUUCUCCAACUACUGGUACCCGACUCUGUACUUCCACGACCCCAAGACCGGGCUCCUAGAGUCUGUCGACGUCUACUACACCAACGUCUACUACUUCUUCGAGGCCACCAACGACGACAUCAAGGCCUUCCCCACUGGCCUUCAGAUGGUCUCUGGCAAUGCCAUGACCCGUGUCGCCCCGGCUGCUGGUGGCGGCUCCAAGCUGGACCCCUCCCAGGGCCCUGUCCAGCCUAUCCAGUUCACCUGCCCUCGUUCCUCCUACAACCCUCCCUCCUAUCCCGUCGGAUCUGACGGUUCCAAGGCUGGCAUGGUCGAUCCCAACAACCAGGGCGCUGGAGCUGGUUUCCCCGAUGUCAACUGCGACGGCCUGUACUCUCCUCUCCGUCUGGACAUCCACUUCCCCUCCUGCUACAACCCCGCCGCCGGCCUGACCAACUACAAGAACAACACUGCCUUCCCCACCGAUGCUGGCAAUGGCAAGGCUGACUGCCCUGCUGGCUGGAUCCACACUCCUCACAUCUUCUACGAGGCCUACAUGGACACCCAGCCCUUCGCCAGCCGCUGGACCCCCAACCAGGGCACCCAGCCUUUUGUCUUCUCCAACGGUGACGUUACUGGCUACAGUGGCCACGCCGAUUUCAUGGCUGCUUGGGAUGAGGAUGUCCUCCAGCACAUCAUCGACACCUGCAACGCCGGUGAUUCUGGUAUGGACCAGUGCCCUGGUCUGCCCUACGGCCUGAACAGCGGCUCCUGCACCAUUCCUCCCCUGGUCAACGAGCAGAUCACCGGUAACCUCACUGCUCUCCCUGGUAACAACCCUCUCAGCGGCUUCACCUACGGUAACGAGGCUCCUGCCAUGAGCUCUGGUUCUUCCAGCUCCAGCUCCACUAACAACGCUUCCUCUGGCUCCUCUUCUGGCUCUUCUGGCUCUUCUGGCGCUGCCGGUUCCAAGCCUGCAAGCUCUUCCAAGCCUGCUGCUACCAGCAAAGCCGCCCAGCCUGUCUCUUCCUCCAAGGCUGCUGCUGGUGCUGGCUCCAAGACCACCACUGCCGGUGCCCCUGCUUCCACUUCUGUUGCUACCAAGGGCAACUCUGCUGUCGGUGGAUACACCUAUGCUGGAUGCUACGAGGACAACAUUGGCCGUGUUCUGACCGGUGACAUCCUGCCUAACCUUGGCCCCAUGACCAACGAGAAGUGCGUUGCCAACUGCGUUGCCAAGGGCUUCUCUGUUGCCGCUACCGAGUACGGUGGCCAGUGCUACUGUGGAAACGAGCUCGUCGGCUCUUCCAAGCUCGCCGAGUCUCAGUGCGCCACCGCUUGCGAGGGUGCCGCCAGCGAGGUUUGCGGUGGAAGCUGGGCCAUCAGCGUCUACAGCAAGACCGGCUCCGUCAGCUUGACCGCUGCCAAGUCUCGCCGCUCUGAGCAGCACGCCCACCGUCACCGCGCCCGCCGCGUCUAA